AUGGAAAUUAUGGCUUCUAGUGGAAUAGCAGCAGCCCUUUUGCCAUCAAGGCGUACAGCACAUUCAAGAUUUUGCAUUCCAAUCGAAAUAAAUGAAGACUCCAUUUGCAGUAUUAUUAAUCAUUCACUGCUGGCAAACUUAAUAAAAACAACAAAGCUUAUAAUAUGUGAUGAAGCUUUGAUGGUGAGGAAAUUUUGCAUUGAAGCUUCGAACCAUAGCCUAAAGGACAUACUGAGGUGCAACAGGACUUUUGGUGGUAAGACUGUAGUAAUGGGAGGCGAUUUGACAAAUGUUAGCAGUAAUACAAAAGGAGGGCGCGUUGAUAUUGUCAACUCUGCAAUAAACUCUUCAAGCCUAUGGACCAAAUGUACAUUGUUACACCUCACAAAAAAUAUGCGUCUUUUAUCGCACUCCAAUAUAGACGAAUCAUUAAGAAUCAAGAGUUUCUCAGAAUGGCUAUUGAAGAUUGGAGAGGGAAGAAUAGGUUAUGACAUCAGUGGAAUGACUUGGAUUGACUUACCGGAGAACCUAAUCAUUCAACAAGUCAUAGAUCCCAUUAAAGCAAUUGUGGAUGCUACAUAUCCAUAUUUAAUACACAAUAUUUUUGACUCAGAAUAUAUUUCAAACCGAGCAAUUCUAGCACCCACAAUGAAAAUUGUCAAGACUCUAAAUGACUAUGUUUUGUCCCAUGUACACAGAGAAGAGGUUGAGUAUUACAACUCAAAUUCAAUAAAUAAAACACAAAAAGAGGAUACUACGCAACAUGACAUAUACACAAUAGAAUUUUUAAACACAAUCACCUACUCAGGCAUUCCACCACAUGUGUUAACAUUAAAGGUUGGUGUAUUGAUAAUGCUUCUAAGAAACAUUGACCAGUCUACAGGGUUGUGUAAUGGAAUGAGACCACGAAUUACAUUGCUGGGAGGGCACUUCAUAAAAGCGGUGGCGUUAAAUAGGACAAUCAAGGACGAAGAAGUGCUAAUUCACAGAAUGGACCUCAACCCGUCACAAUCUAGGCUUCCGUUCUCAAUGACUAGAAGACAAUUCUCGGUAAUGGUGUUAUUUGCAAUGACAAUUAACAAGAGCCAGGGGCAAUUAAUGGAAAGAGUUGGGCUCUAUCUGUCAACACCAGUAUUCUCACAUGGACAACUAUACGUGGCACUGUCAAGGGUGAAAAGUAUUGAUGGCUUGAAGAUAUUAGUGCUAGACGCAGAAAAGAAACCCACCAAUCAAACAAUAAAUGUUGUCUAUGAUGAAAUUUUCUAG